AUGACAACAGAAUUCGAUGGUCGACGGAAAGAUUUGUUUGAAAUAAAUUCAAAGGCUUGGGCAGGAGAGUAUGAAUUCCCUCUUGCAACCAAGUUAGAUUCAUCAUUAAAGAAGAAUUCAGCAUUUAUCAAGAAAGUAAAGACUGGAUUAAACCAAGAGCAGUACUCUAAUGUUUUGAAAGAUAUUGGAUCUGUGUCUAUAGAGAAGUACUUGUCAGAAGUUAUUGUAUCACUUGUGGAGGGUUUGUGCAAAGUUUCAAAGAAUGAUGAAAUAAAUGCAGCAGUGGAAGUUAUAUCUGCAUUACAUCAAAGGUUUGGAAAACAAUUUACGGGGGAUUUGUUGAACGGCAUAUUGGUCAACAUAGUGAACCCAUCAAAAGCGGAAUUGGCUGAUAAGGAGGAAUCUUCUCGCUUAUCCCGUCAGAAGAAUCUUUUGCGUUUGGUUGGAGAGUUUUACAUUGUUGGAAUUUUACAAACUGCAGCCGACUUUUUGGAUGUUUUAGAUUCAAAAGUGAUCAAAAGUUUUGCUUUAGACAAAAGAAGAAAUGAGCCGAUAUUAAUUUUGUUGUUGAAAUACUUACUAAACUUUGAAAUCGAACUGGGAAGAAGCUUAAAUAUGGUGCAGUCAUUUUUGAAAAGGUUCAGUCAUAUCAUUUUUAGUGAUAGCGAGCUCUUACCACUGGACUCUAGGCAUGUGCUAAAACAAAUAUUCCUCAUCUACACAGAGGCGGUUUUCAAUAUCAUGAUGAAGAUCAAAAAGCAGGUACAUAAACUAGACGUUCGUAACAAAAAAGCAGCCAUCAGAACUGGACGUAUCUUAGAAGAUGAACAACUGGAGUUUGAUGAAAGAAAAAAAUUAUUUGAGCAAUUCAAAGCAAUAGCGAGUUUCUUAUCCCAGGUGUGUGACUUGUCGUUGCCAGAUGAUUUGAAUGAUGUAACAGAAGAAGAGGAAGAGGAGGAUAAUUCUGUCGAAGUAGUGAAGCAGGCAGUAGGUAAUGACGAAGACCUGGUUGGAAUUUGGGAAGAUGCUAAGGAGAAAAACUUUUACACAGUUAUUCCGCUGUUAGGUGAGUUGUUAGAGGCUCACCCAGAAACUCCCAACUGUAAAUCCACACAAUCCCAUAAAGACGGAGAAAAGAUUCAAGAGUUCUUAGACAGGUUGGAAGAUGUUCGGGGCAACAACUUGGAACAGCUAGUUGUGGAGUUUAACAAUUUGAAUUUGAACAACAAAGCUACAAAGAACAGGAUUAUGCGAUUCUUUAUUGAAACAUCUACUUUGAAUAAUUUAAAGUAUUACACGCGAUUUUUGAAAAUUAAUGAACUCAAUUUGUCUGAAUUGAUUGAGGAAUUGAUCACAUAUUUAGACAAAGGGUUCCGGUCUCAGAUUCACCGAAAUAAACUCAACGUGAAAAAUAUUUUAUUCUUUGUUGAGUUGAUCAAGUUUAAGAUGGUACCAAAACAUGUUGUGUUUCAUAAAAUUCGUAGUUUGACGUUGAACGUUACAUCAACAAACAAUAUAGAAAUAUUGACUGUAUUUUACGAACAUGUGGGCAGGUUCUUACUACAUGAUGCAGAGAGCAAGGAUUUGAUGCGAGAAAUGAUUGAUCUAUUGAGGGAAAAGCUGAAACAGUCAAAUUUGAAUGUUAAUGACAAGUUAGCCAUCAACAAUUUAUUAAUCACAGUUGAGCCGCCAGUAACAAAGGUCCAGACUCUUAGGGAAGCUCCCAAGCUAUCCACAAAACAAAUGUUCAUUCAAAAAAUACUCAGGGAGGAGUUGAAUCUGGACACGCGGUCUCUUGUUGUAAAACAUUUUAGAGCAAAGUUUGGGCAACUUGGUCAAGCUGAAUAUUACACUUUGGUCGAUUGCUUUUCCAAACCAAAUUUGAUUAACUAUGACAACAUUCCUGCUCUUGCAAAAGUUUUACUGGCUUUUGGUGAAAAGUAUAAAUCGUUGGUGGUGCUUUCUGUUGAUACCAUUGUCGAGGAUAUUAUUCGUGGCUUGGAAUUGAACGACUUUAGGAUGAACAGAACUCGAAUGGCUCAGGUAAAGUACUUGGCAGAGCUAUACAAUUCAAGAGUGAUCAACUUCAAACUCCUCAAUGACAUGUUGUACCGUAUCCUUUGCUAUGGCCAUCCGCAAAAUCAGCCUUUGCCUCAAAACUGGGAUGUUGCGAUUGACAUGCCAAAUAACUAUUUCCGAAUUCAAAUGUGUUGUUUAUUGUUAAUAUCAAUCAAGUCGAUUUUUGUGGAUACAGAUGUUGGAAAAAAGAAGUCCCUGAACCGUGCUGCAAGUAUCAAGCGAAGGAAUGACAUUAAUAAGGAUCUUUUGGGUGUAUUUAUGACUUUUUUCCAAUAUUACAUGUACUGCAAAGAGUCUCCAUUCCCUGUGGAUGUUGAAUUUAGGUUGGAUGACUUGUUCAAAAAAUACAAGAGUAUUCCGACUGUGAAGAGAUACGACACUAUACAGGAAGUUCUUAGAGGCUUGGGUGGUGCUAUGCAGAAACGAAAGGAAGCGGAAUCCUUAUUGGAGAAGGAAGAUGAAUCUGUUGAAAGUGAGCCAGAAAAGCAGCUUAUAUCUGCCAGUGUCAGCUCAGACGAUGAUAGCGAUGCUGAUUAUGAUGAUGGAGAUGAAGAAGAGGGGGAAGAUGAAAAUGACGACGAAGAAGAUAGUGACGAUGAUGACGACAGUGAAGAUGAUGACGAUGAUGAUGAAGAUGAUGAUGAGGAAAGUGGUGAAUCGGAUGAAGAAGAUGAAGAGCUUGGUGAUGAUGAUUUAUCACGUGUAUCAUCAUCUGAAGAUCAAAUAUCGGAGGCUGAAAGGGCUAGACUUGAAGCUGAACGAAUAUUUCAAGAAGAUUUGGAUCGAGAAUUUCAAAAAAUAAUGAUUGAGUCGUAUGGAUCAACACAGCAACAACAGCAGCAACAGCAACAUCCGGGUAAACAACCUGCUUUCAAACAGUCACUACCGCUUCCAAGCCAACUCAACAUCUCAGAGAGGUCAUCGGGUAGUGCUAAUAAACAGGGCACAGUGGCAUUUGGUUUGUUGACCAAGAAUGGUAAGAACCAAAAGAUUAAGCAACUUAACUUACCAUCAGAUAAUAUAUUUGCUGAAUCCGUAGUUAGAGAGCAAGAAAAUCGUAAACGUGAUAAGCAAAGAAUUAUUAAACUUGCAUCUAGAAUGGAUGAUUAA